CGAAGAGAUGCAGACCGUUAGAUGCCUCCGGUGCUUUGCACAACGCCGCUUGCUGGUGAGGUUUGCUCGGGUUUGUUUUGCGCUGCCGUUGAGCCGGCAUCGGCUAACGCCUGUCCGCAAUAAUGUGUUUGCAAUUGCAUAAUGCCAAGUGAAUUUAUUAAAUGCGACUGACCCGAAUCCUGAACAUAUAAUUAACUACCGCAAUCCACCGCCCCCCGCGGUGCACAAAAUUCAUCCACCGAACUCGCCCACACUGUACCCCGCACGGCUCUGCUUUCCUUCACCUCCCCCUCGGAUUCUUACAGCACACCCGCAUUCACUCCGCUGCCACACUGCCCAAAUUCCCCUAUCCUCCACGUUGCCAUGUACCCCUCCUGACGCCGCCUCCCCAAGCAGCCUGCAGCGGCAGCAGCAGCGGCGCAGCUCCCGCCUAGCGUGCGCCGUUGCUCCUCCGCCACCUCCACCCCCGCCUCCGCCACCUCCAUCCCGCUGCCCUCCGCCCCGGCAGCUGCCCCCGCACCUCGCGCGGCGCUGGUGGUGAUUGGCGAUGAGAUCUUGUCUGGAUCCGUGGUGGACUCCAACACCCCCUGGCUGGCCAAGCUGCUGCACAGUCGGGGUGUGGAUCUGAUCCGCGUGUCGUACAUCCCCGACUCGCGCGCCGAGAUCCAGGAGGCCGUACGGGACUGCCGUACACGCGUGGGCCCGGACGGCUUCGUGUUCACCAGCGGGGGCAUCGGGCCCACCCAUGAUGACGUCACAUACGAGGCGGUGGCUGAGGCCAUGGGGGUGCAGUUGCAGCUGCACGUCCCCACCGUGGAGCGCAUGCGCGGCUGGUACUCGGCCCGCGGCGUGGAGCUGAACGAGGCGCGACUGAGGAUGGCCACCCUGCCCUGCCCCAGCGAGGUGCUGUUCACGGAGGGGCUGUGGGUGCCGCUGGUGAACGUGGGCGGGGUGUACGUGCUGCCCGGCAUCCCGAGGCUCUUCCAGGCCAUGGUGGCGGCGCACCAGGACCGCUUCUCCGGCCCCGCCUUCCACUCCUCCGCGCUCUUCACGCAGCUGGGCGAGAGCGACCUGGCGGGGCCCCUCACGCAGGUGGCCGCGCGCCACCCAGCUGUGGCCAUAGGCUCCUACCCCAACACCGCGGCUGACACGACCGGCAGCUACAAGGUGAAGCUGGCGCUCAGCUCGCGCGACCCGGCAGCGCUGGCGGCGGCGGUGGCGGGUGUGCGGGCGGGACUGGGGGACAUCUUCAUGGAGGAGGGGGAAGCGGCGGCGGCAGCAGGGGCAGCGAGCUAGAGGAGACUGCGGGGUUUACGUUUGGGUGCAUGUACCUGGGUGACUCAACAUGUCGUCAAGCUAAUAAAUAUGGGGAGUCCUAUAAGCACAAACAUAAUCCAGUACGUUCCUACGCGAAACCAGUUUUAUUAAGGACCCUUUGUGUGUUGUUAAUGGUGUUAAGGAUUCUGGCGUGCGGAUACUGUUUCGUAGUUCUGUGUACGUUUGGAGGUGAGGGGUGCCAUGUUGAGAGGUGGGGUGUUGGGACCCUGUCGGGCCCAUGCGUGCGUGUAGGAGAGGAGGGUGUUUGUUGAGGGAGAGGGUGGCAGAGGGAGAGAGGCGCCCCUGCAAGAGAGAAGGGUGCGCAGCUGGGUCGGCACUACCGGUACCCUCACCUCGCCCACACGCCCAGUGAUCUGCAGUGAACUAGUGAUCCGCUGUGCUGGUAUGCAUAUGUGUGUCGAGAAACAUGUACUCCAGGUGUCGAAAACUCCGCAGAGCUUCCUCCUACUGAGCGAUUGCGGGUGUCCUCCACGCGAUUGCUGUGUAUGUGCACAAGUACGUAUUGCUAACGGCCCCAAUCUUGCUCUCAUUACCCGCUUGCCGUACUCUUCCACGUCGGCAGGGGCUGCUCUCCUUUGGAGGCCCUGAAGCUUUACCCAUGCGGUUUACCGGAAUGGGAGUAUAAACCGAAACUAGAAAGUUGCGGGUUGAGAUGCAGUGACUGUGUUGCCUGCGAGCUCCCCGGCCCCGUGCCCGCGGGCCUCCCGUGCCUCUGUACGGCACGAACCGGCAGUACAACCGCCGAACCGUAUUGUGGAAGGAGGAAAGGCGCGGCGCUAAUCGGGACUAUACGGCGGGCGAUGUGGUUGUAUACUUGUAUUACAUCACGACGCUGCGCUGCAUGCUGCACAUUGCGCUAUUGCUACAGCGUGGCUCCAGCAUGACGCCGUGUAACCGCUGCUGCUGCUUUGUAGCUUGCAUGGCCACCUGCCCACCUGUAACUGGUGACCCAGUUA